GGCUAGGCAAGGCACUUGUGGAGCACGGUCAAGUAUAACAGAAUUUCUAGACCCAGACCUGGAAGUGGUGGCUGUGGGCCAGAAAUCUGCUGCCCAGAACCAGAGGCCCCACUAUUGGCACAUCCUGCCAGGACUCUAACCCUGCAAUCUCUGGUGAGGACUCAUCCCUUCUCCCUGGCCGAUCCCAGAUCCUGAAAUCAGGGCUACAACACACUGCACCUCAGAAACCAUGGGGCCCAGGAUAGGGCCAGUCGGCGAGGAGCCUCAGAUGUCAGACCAGAAUACCAAGGCUGUGCUGGGGGCAGGAGACACACUUGGAUGCAGGGCCAGCCCUGACCCUCAGGAUUCACGGUUGAGCCUUUUCCACAACAUCAAGUUCUUCCUCCUGUGUCACAGCCUGCUGCAGCUGGCCCAACUCAUGAUCUCAGGCUACCUCAAGAGCUCCAUCUCUACUGUGGAGAAGCGCUUUGGCCUCUCCAGCCAGACCUCAGGGCUGCUGGCUGCCUUCAAUGAGGUGGGAAAUACAACCCUGAUCGUCUUUGUGAGCUAUUUUGGCAGCCGGGUGCAUCGACCCCGAUUCAUCGGCUGUGGGGCUAUCCUUGUGGCCCUGGCAGGGCUACUCAUGAGCCUCCCCCAUUUCAUCUCAGAGCCCUACCGCUAUGAGCACUCCAGCCCUGAGAACACCUCAGUGAACUCCGAGGCCACCCUGUGCCUGCCCACCACCUCGGCCCCUGCUUCAGAACCUGCCCACUCCAACAACAGCUGCACAAGCAGCGCUGGGACGCAGCACCUGACAGUUGUGGCCAUUAUGUUUGCAGCGCAGACACUGCUGGGCGUGGGCGGGGUGCCCAUUCAGCCCUUCGGCAUCUCUUAUAUCGAUGACUUUGCCCACCACAGCAACUCGCCCCUCUAUCUGGGGAUACUGUUUGCCAUAACCAUGAUGGGGCCAGGCCUGGCCUAUGGGCUGGGUGGCAUCAUGCUGCGUCUAUAUGUGGAUAUUGACCGUAUGCCACCAGGUGGUAUCAGCCUGACCUCGAAGGACCCUCGAUGGGUGGGUGCCUGGUGGCUGGGCUUCCUCAUCGCUGCCAGUGCGGUGGCCCUGGCUGCCAUCCCCUACUUCUUCUUCCCCAGGGAGAUGCCCAAGGAGAAGCAUGAGCUCCGCUUCCGGAGACGGGUCUUGGCAACAGCUUCCUCAUCUAUCAACAAUGAUGAGAAAUGCGUCCAUGAAAACACCUCUGGAGAGACCCCAGAGAAGCAAGAGGGCUUAGCCCAGAUGGCACCAGACCUGACCGUGAUCCAGUUCAUCAAAGUAUUCCCGAGGGUGCUGCUUCGUACCCUGCGCCACCCCAUCUUCCUGCUGGUGGUCCUGUCUCAGGUGUGCCUGUCCUCCACGGUGGCGGGCUUGGCCACCUUUCUGCCCAAGUUCCUGGAGCGCCAGUUUUCCGUCACAGCAUCCUACGCCAACAUGCUCAUUGGCUGCCUCACCAUCCCCUCAGGCAUCUUGGGUGUGGUGGUAGGCGGCGUACUGGUCAAGCGCCUCCACCUGGGACCCAGGCACAGCACCCUGCUUUGCGUGCUGGGGGCGAUGUUCUGCCUGAUUUUCAGCCUGCCCCUCUUCUUCAUGGGCUGUUCCACCCACCGGAUUGCAGGAGUCACUGACCAGCUUGGAGCGCAGCCUGGGAUGAGCUGCAACGAGGCUUGUGCCUGCCCCUCUGGAGACUUUAACCCCAUCUGUGAUACCAGCACUCGUGUAGAGUACCUCACACCCUGCCAGGCGGGCUGCAAGGGGCAGGUGGCUGAAAAGGGCCUGGACAGCCCCAGCAAGGACCAGAUUUUCUACACCAACUGCAGCUGCGUGGCGGGGGGCGGCCGUGUGCUGGCGGGCUCCUGCGAAUCUGCCUGCAGUCACCUGGUGCUGCCCUACAUGCUCCUGGCCAGUGUGGGGGCAGCACUGGCCAGUCUCACUCACACCCCGUCCUUCAUACUCAUUUUAAGGGGCGUGAAGAAGGAAGACAAGACUCUGGCUGUGGGGAUCCAGUUCAUGCUCCUGAGAAUUCUGGCCUGGAUGCCGAGUCCCGUGAUCCACGGCAGCGUCAUUGACACCACCUGUGUGCACUGGGCCCAGAACUGUGGCCGCCGCGCUGUCUGCCGCUACUAUGACCUCGACUUGCUUCGAAACAGGUUCAUUGGCCUUCAGUUCUUCUUCAAGACAGGCUGCCUGAUCUGCUUCAUCCUGAUUUGGGCUAUCCUCAGGAAGCAGGGUAAGGACAAGGGGUCCAUGGCGACCCUUAGCUCAGACCUGCUACCGCAGGAGUCAGCACAGGAGAAGACGGAAGAUUCCCGCAUGUGAGUGAGCUCAGGGGCCCCAUACUGCCAACAACAGCAGCCACAUACAGAACAUUCCAUAUUGACACAGGAGCCACCAGUUCUGACUCCUCCACUAACUUGCUGUGUGACUUUGGACAAGUCACUGACCCUCUCCGAAACUUUGCUUGUCUGAACCUAGGAAAGUCAAAACAAAUUGCCAUGGCAGCUACUUCUAAAGCAAGAGUUUUUAUUUUUUCCCCAGCCAGACAGGCUGCUCAAAAUCAGAUUUUCCUGUGUUGAAGAUCUACAUAUACAAGGACAAAAGAA